UGGUGUAUUCCGCCAUUUUGUAGGGGUAUAAGAAAACUCAGCCAAGCUGUUGUCCCGCUGCUCUGACCUGUAGUUCUGUAUUGUGCAAUGGACGGCCGUUUAGAGACUGAUUUGUAUCCUCUGGGAUCCGGUUACCCCACUGAAAUAGACAGUGUCCACGAUAUUACAGUUGGUACAAAGAGAGGAUCUGACGAGCUGUUCUCCUCUUGCGUUUCUAACGGACCCUAUAUCAUGAGCAACUCAUCUGGAGCAGCUAAUGGAAACGACAGUAAGAAGUUCAAAGGUGACAUCCGGAGCCCUGGCAUUCCGUCACGUGUCAUCCAUGUUCGUAAGCUUCCCAAUGACAUCAAUGAGGCUGAGGUGAUCUCCCUGGGGCUACCCUUUGGCAAAGUGACCAACCUGCUCAUGCUGAAAGGAAAGAACCAGGCAUUCAUUGAAAUGAACACAGAAGAGGCUGCACAGACCAUGGUCACCUAUUACUCCUCUGUCACUCCAGUCAUCAGGAAUCACCCUAUAUUCAUGCAGUACUCAAAUCACAAGGAGCUGAAAACUGACAACUCACCCAAUCAAGUGAGAGCCCAAGCUGCAUUGCAGGCAGUGAAUGCUGUCCAGACUGGCAGCAUGACCAUGGCUAGUGUGGAUACAUCAGGCAUGGGUGCCCACAGUCCUGUUCUACGCAUCAUUGUGGAGAACCUCUUCUACCCAGUCACUCUUGAUGUUCUUCACCAGAUCUUCUCCAAAUUUGGAACAGUGUUGAAGAUUAUAACAUUUACCAAAAACAACCAGUUCCAGGCCUUGCUCCAGUAUUCUGAUGGCCUGACUGCUCAGCAUGCUAAACUGGCUCUGGAUGGGCAAAACAUAUACAAUGCCUGCUGCACUCUGCGUAUCAACUUCUCAAAGUUAACAAGUCUCAAUGUCAAGUAUAACAAUGACAAGAGCCGGGACUAUACACGGCCAGACCUUCCUACUGGGGACAGCCAGCCCACCAUCGAUCAUCAGGCCAUGGCUGCUGCCUUUGGUGCUCCAGGAAUCAUCUCAGCUACCCCAUAUACGGGAGCCCAUGGGUUCCCUCCUGCUUUUGCCAUUCAGCAGGCAGCAGGUUUGACAAUGCCUGGAGUCCCUGGGGCUCUAGCCUCACUGGCCAUCCCUGGUGCAGCUGCAGCAGCUGCAGCCGCUGGUCGCCUUAGCUUCUCUGGGCUUACUAGUGGGCAGUGUGUCCUGCUUGUCAGCAAUCUUAACCCUGAGAGAGUUACGCCCCAAUGCCUCUUUAUUCUUUUCGGUGUAUAUGGUGAUGUCAUGAGAGUGAAGAUUCUCUUCAACAAGAAGGAAAAUGCUCUUGUGCAGAUGGCAGAUGCAACCCAGGCCCAGCUUGCAAUGAGCCAUCUCAAUGGUCAGAAGCUGCAUGGGAAGGCACUGCGUGUUACUCUGUCAAAACACACAAAUGUGCAGCUGCCCCGGGAAGGACAGGAGGACCAGGGGCUAACGAAGGACUUCAGCAACUCGCCACUGCAUCGCUUUAAGAAACCUGGUUCCAAAAACUAUCAGAACAUCUUCCCUCCUUCUGCAACCUUGCACUUGUCCAAUAUCCCGCCUUCAGUAGUUGAAGAUGACCUUAAGCAGCUGUUUGCAAGUUCUGGUGCCUUGGUUAAAGCCUUCAAGUUCUUCCAGAAAGAUCGCAAAAUGGCCCUGAUCCAGAUGGGAUCUGUGGAGGAGGCAAUUCAGUCGUUGAUCGAAUUCCACAAUCAUGACCUUGGCGAGAAUCACCAUCUUAGGGUGUCCUUCUCAAAGUCUACCAUCUGAGCAAGUUGAAAUGGGGACAUGUGAUCAAGUGGAGAGCAUGAUGCUGAUAAGAUGGACUGUCACUUUAGACUUCAACUAUAUGACCUUGUGAAAGUAACUGAAGUCACUUCACAAGACCCACUUCCAUCAUUCCUUUAUAUUUAUAUGUAUCUAUACAAUGCCAAUUUGAACCAAUGGAUCAUAGAAAAUACAAACCAGAUUUUAGUUGAGCUUUUAAGCUUGUAUUUUAGUUUUUUCCCCUACUUUUUUUAAUAUUUAAAACAUGGAAUUCCAUUCUUGUGCAUAUCACUCUGAUCCAAGUAUAGAUAAUUAGGUUGUUUACACUUGCCUUUUGUAGAAAUUCCACACAACUCAGGUUGCACAUGUCAGACUCUCUAAUUCAUUUUUGUUCCUUUUGCUGUUGGGGAGUUCUACCACUAGCUUAGGUGUACUUAGGAGUAUCCUUUUGGCCUUUCACUUAAUUCUGUGCCUUCAUAUUGAAUGUCUUAUCAAUGUUUUUCCUGUAGGCAUUUGCACUGGCAUUUGAAAUGUCCCGUUUUGGCUUUACAACUUUUCAUACCCAUAUUUGCAGAUGUACUUCACAUUUGACUAUCCCUCUACAAAUCAUUGGGAAUGUGAUGUACAAUUAAAUGCGGUUAGGCUACUGUUUUGGAGAUGGUCUUUCAGCCUUUUGAGGUAACUAAUCAAGCAGAAGCAAUUUUUUUUGAACUUUGGAUGAUUUGCAGUCCCUACUGCAUUAUUUAGCCUUUUUAUAUCAACCCUUCUAUAUUGGGGUACAUCAGUCUUAUUCCUUGAUCAUAUUUACUGUAUCUCUUAUUUAGAUGUAGGAUGUCAUUCCAUUUUUAAAUUUAUGCAAUCGGUUUUGUACAAAUCCAACAUUGUAAGUAUUGAUUAUAUCAUUCCUGUACUGUAGUUUAGCUGUUAGGUCAGUGGCUGCUGUAUGUUGCCUUUGCUUAAUGUCUGCAUUUUUUUUCAAAGAUUUAUUUUGGUGUGGGUUCCCACCCUCUCCUUUUUGUCUUGUAAUUGCUUAUGGCAAUACCAGACCAGUUAUAUUGUAUCACUUUGUGGUACUCUACAGCUCAAGACCAAAUAUCUUUUUGCAAAUAGCUCUGUAAGCCAGUAGACCUAAAUCAUUUCUAUUUGCCUUAAGUAUCGAGAAGCUCAGCCUUAAUAAAAUGGCCAUUUUGUGAUGACUAAUAUUUGCCCCCACACACAUUGACAUUCCUAAAGUUCAGGUAACCUGUUUGGAGUGCUGUCAUUCAGUUGAAGAUUGUUUACAUAAGGGGCAUUUGCAAAUGAUGGGUUGGAAGCUUGCACAGAGCUAUCAUUUCAACAAUAUGAGAGCUGAAUGCUUUGACUGCUGUACCUUAGUUAACAGCUGACUUUUCUGGUAGUUAAAGGAUUUUUUUUUUCUUUCUUUUUGGUCCUGUUAUGUGGGACAAGUGCCUCAUGUAAAUGCUUAACUGUCUGUGGUGCACCUUUUCUUGUAGUUCAAGGCAGAAUAUCCAGUCCUGGCAUACAAGAGCAUUACCUUCAUUUUACUUGCUCUAAAAUGAGCCAUUGUCUGGUGUGCUUAAAAAAAAAAAAAAAAAAAAAAAUUUCUGCUCUUAUGUAUUGUAAUUGGUUACAAUUUACAUGUAAAAGCCAGGUAAAGAAGCAUGAUACCAUACAUCAGCAGGUGCUUACCAUGCUAAAAAGCCUUAAUGGAAUUUGAUUUCUGUAGUAGGUAUGGCUCUAUUGCCACAGUCAUGGCACUGUGACCUUUCAGUCUUAAUUCAAUUUUCACAUUCUUUCUGUGCUAAUUUGACAGAAUCCCCAGUCAGUUAUAAAUCUGCACAGCAAUAACUUCACAAUUCAGAAUGACUCCUCUUGGACCAAAGUUUGGUGUCUUGUAUCCCUCCCCCCCUUCUGGCAAACUGCAGUUUAAUUUCUGGUUACUGUUUUCUUAUGGUGUAUCCAAGUUUAGUUUAGUUUGUGCAUGCUGGUGUUUACCACUUCAAGUCAGUUUUGGAGCCACUGCUUUCAUCCAGAGCAGUUGGUUGGUUUGUGAUGCUGGAACUGGAGUCUGUCCAUGCUGCAUAAGGAAAAGUUUAAGUGACUGAGGACUCCAUAGUAACAAGAAUCAUGUGGCAUUUAUACAAAAAAAAAAAAAAAAUGCUCUAAAUGCAUUGUUCAGAUGAUUGGUAGAACAUGACUAAGAUUCUUGAGCAGUUCUCAGUUGAUACACAGAAGCCUGGUCAGAAAUGUUGACUCUUGCAAAUUAUGCAGACUUGCACCAGGUUGCACAACAUUUACAGCUUAUUUAUAGUAUUUUCUUCAGCUAUAGAUUUUUUUUUUUUCCUUCCCCUUUUUUAGGGGAGGAUGGAAUAGGUGGAAAACAUGGGGGGAAGGGGACUGCUUUUGUAUCAGAUUGGGAAGCAAUACAGGUUUUAUAUCUAUAAAACAAAUGUAUAUUUUGAUUACAACAGACUAAGGUUUUCAGACCAUGAUGGAAAAAAGUUUGUAUUUCAUGAAAAGAAAUUAAACAUAUUUUCUAACAAAAUGUGCAUUUUUCUGUAACUCCCACCUCCCCAAUUUGUUUUUGGUAAUGGCUCCUCCUGGAUCUUGUGCCUUCAAUAAAUCUUUCAUUUAUUCCUGCUUUCA